GUGCUCUUAUCUCUAGUCUAUAAUCUUUUAUAGCUAGCUAGCUAGCUCAGCAGCCCCACGCAGUGCAAUAUAGUACUACAGCUAGCUACUCACCAAGCUGUGAAGGUGAAGUACCGACAUCCGAGGUGUGAUUUGAAGACGUCUGGGGGUAACUAAAUAGAGCUAGAGCUACGCUAUUCUGUUCCCUUCAAUAUCAAGUGUGCUGUCCUACCCUAUACUGUGUGAGCUGAACCCUAUUUAAAAGCAUAAAUGAAAUGGGACUUCGGGUGUGGACUCUUGUCUUGAGCCUUCUCUUGGUUGUACUGCAGACCUCAACUAGUAGUCUAACAUGCUGGAGCUCUAUAUUAUGUCCAGGCGGCGCUGUGUGGUGCCAGCAACAGUGCUCAGAAGGGGAAGCUUGUCUGGCUAACUUUAAUGUGCAUGGACCGAACGACAUCCGCCCUCUCUUCUCCAGCUGUAUACCUGUACUCACUGAUAGUUGUCUCAACACUAGGUGUGAUCUUACAUCAUUUGAGGGCAGUGGUAAUCAUCAAUGCUGCUGUCGGGAGGAUCUCUGCAAUGCCCUGGAGGGAAUUGUGGAAGGCGUCACUCCUCCUACACAGGGCACUAUUGCUACACCCUCCGGUACUACUCCGCCCAUCCCCAACAACGGGAAUAUUGUAUGUGAGUCAUACUCUGAAGUGGAGCACAUCUACAAGACCUGCUCCGUAUGCACCACUACCUACAAGCUUAUAGCCGGAGAUGACUACCAGCUGGACACCAAGCGAUGCCUGGACUCCCCUCCAGUUGGAAUCACCUGCACCACUGACUCUUGUUCAUUGAACACAUCCGGCAGCAAUGUAGAGAUCAGCUGCUGUUGCUCAUCGUAUCUAUGCAAUGCUUAUUCAGAGUUGACAUUCAGUGAUGUCACUAGAGUUAGCAACUAUGUGCACAUUACCCCUUGUGAUAGCAGUGCUUGUACACACUCGUGCGUGGUGGUAGAUGGCAGUCCGACAUGCUUCUGUCAGGACGGACACACACUAGAAGCAGACGGAGUCAGCUGCACAGAUAUUGACGAGUGCAGCAUGAAUCCCUGCUCCUACCGUUGCCAGAAUACCAUCGGUAGUUUUCACUGUACAUGUCCGCUGGGUUCUCGUAUUAUGGAGGACGGGGUCACCUGUGAGGAACCUGGUCUGGUGUGUUAUACUAAUGAUGAAAGAUUGCUUGGAUUUCAAUAUUGUCAAGAUGAUCUUAUGGAGACUGACAGUGCCAUACCCGAGUGCCAUGUGAUAUAUCGGCUAUUGGAAAAUGGAAUAUUCGUACUAGAGCUGGCUGGCUGUUUUGCGAAAGACGAGACAAACAGUUGUCGUCCCACCACCAUCAAUGAGCCGUGUGUGCUUACUCAAGUGGGACAGACAACUAGAUAUGAAUGCUGCUGUACACAUUACUUUUGCAAUUCAGAACAGAACAUCGACUUUUCAACUGUGAGCAACAGUACGGUUUCUAUAGCACCAACCACCAUCACCACCACCAACUCUACCACAGACGUGAUUCUAAGCACCACCUUCGAGCCACUCUCAUCCACUAUGAUUGGACUGAUAGUUGUCGGGCUAUUUAUCGGUAUAUUGGUGUUUGUAAUAUGUCUGAUAAUCGUCGUCUACUGUUUUGUCUCUAAGAAGAGAAAAAUAUCGAUUUGCGAAGUGGCUCGUAUUGCUAAUAGCGAACCCAUUGAGGCGAGUCACGCCCACGAUAUUAAUCUUUUAAACGAGAUUGGCAGGGGACGGUUCGCUGUGGUACACUAUGCUCAAAUGAGAGGGAGUGACGUGGCCGUGAAGUGCUUCGACGUGAAGGAAAGUUUCACCAAAGAAGUCGCAAUCUAUCUCCUCAAUCUGUUCCAUCAUCCAAACGUUCUCAAGUUUCUAACAUUCGUGGAAAACACGGAAGAGAAGAACUACUGGAUCGUAUUUGAGUAUCAUGAGAAGGGAUCAUUGUACUCUCUUGUCCAACGCAAAGCAGUCACCCUCAAAGAAUUCUGUGCUCUGUCCGAGUCCAUAGCUUGCGGCCUGGCAUUUCUACACAGUGAGUUCACUAUCGAAGGUGUUACCAAACCGUGUGUGGUGCAUAGAGAUCUCAAGUCUAAGAAUAUUCUGGUUAAAUCCGACGGGAAAUGUGCCAUCUCUGACUUUGGUCUGAGCGUUCGGUUUCCUCUCUCAGAGCAAGAUGGUCACGGACAAGUCGGCACUAGUCGUUAUAUGGCUCCGGAGGUCUUGGAAGGUUGCAUCACGUUCAACAGAGCCGCCUACAAGCAGAUAGAUUGCUACUCUGUUGGUGUAAUCUUCUAUGAGAUAAUGACCAGAACAGAGUUGAAUGGCGAGGCUGUACCUGAUUACCGACCUCCAUUUGAUGGAGAGGUGCCGGAACACCCUACCAUAGAGGACAUGCGCAACGUUGUGGCUGUGAACGGUCAUCGUCCUCCCUUUCCAGACCGCUUCAACAUCGAUGGCUCCUUUGACACGUUGACGGAGAUGAUCACAGAACUGUGGGACACAUACCCUGAGGCCAGGCUCACUGCCGAGGCCAUCUUCAGAGGAUUAACAAAUUUCAGACUUUCAAAGUUCCCGGAUGAUAAAGCCAUCGAUAGUGGCUAUGAGAACGAGAUCCCUAGUACCCCCUCAUCCAGUAUCCUCGCUGCCUCCCCGUCCCCAUUCACACUCAAGCACCCCGGGGUCGGCUCAUCCCUGCUAGGCUACAGCACUAGUUACACUGGCAAUACAACAGAGACCACCGUCUAAACCCACCACCCACCACCCUCUAUCAUCACACAUCCUCACUUAACUUAAAGUCAAUCUAUCAACGACGACUCUGAGUCUGACUCUACAUGUUAAUUUUAAUGUAUUGAUCACAAGACCUUCUUCCUCAAGCCCAUAAUCAAGCUACGUUAAUUUUUCAUUUUUAUUUCGUUUUUAUGGUGUAAAUAAUUUUAGUAAUAAUUUAGAGAAAUCACUGUUAAAGAUAUCGCACCAUUUCAAACUGCACUGUCAGUACCUUAAUAUGCUGUUUAAUAAAAAAAAUUUUCAUUACCAUUA